AUGUCGUCCAAUGCGGGACAAAAUCCGGCUGCCUCUAAAGCGGUAAAUAUAUCAAAUACCUCGGCCGCUCCCGCGACAUUUCACUCGACAGCUUCGACCGACAAUAGCUUUCAACGACGUGCAGGGGGAUCAGGAAGUGUUGGCGCAGGACUAUCCACCAGAAAUCUAGGCGCGGCGAGGAAUAACCAGGCCCUCAAGAGUCAGCACAAGCGGCAGAGGAAACCCCGAUUGUUGGAUGAUGACGAGUACAGUGAAUCGGCCGUCAUGAGAUCAACAAACAGUCGCAAGGGACAGACGUCCAUCACCCAUUUGAUGAACUUUUCCUUGCCACCCCGUCCGCAGUACCAGCCGCAGCCGCGUAACACCCGGCGCUAUACAUCAUGGGGAGCGGGAUCUGGAUAUCAUGCGGUGGAUAAGGCGCGCUACGUGCAUGCCAAUUACCGAUUCAUUGUCUCGCCAACCCAAAACUACCAUGCGCAGGCAGCGAAUGCCGACGUUCAUCUGGACUGGGCUUCAGUCCUUCAGGUACUGGUCUCCGCUCAAACCCAGGCUGCUAGUUGUCCAAUCUGUCUGUCCACGCCGGUUGCGCCACGAAUGGCUCGAUGCGGGCAUAUCUUUUGCCUGCCCUGUCUCAUUCGUUACAUGCAUUCAUCGGAUGACGAUAACCACCAUGUCCCAGAGAAGAAACCUCGAUGGAAGAAAUGUCCAAUUUGUUGGGACUCGAUCUACUCCUCUGAAACUCGCCCAGUUCGAUGGUUCCGCGGCCAAGAGGGUGAUCUUCCCGUUGAAGGUGGAGAUGUUGUCUUGAGACUUGUCAAGCGAGAGCCUGGUAGUACUCUCGCUCUUCCACGAGACGGUGCCGAGACUCUCAAUGCUGGGGAUGAUGUUCCAUGGUUCCAUGUUGCGGAGGUCGCUGAUUAUUCUCGAAUCAUGAAGGGAGGGCAAGACUACAUGAUCUCUCAGUACGAGGCUGAGAUUGAAGACCUUCGCAGACAGGAAAUCGAAGAUGAGCUUUUGUUUGGUGAUGAGAACACCUGGACCCGAAAGGCGAUUGGUACUAUCAACGAGGCCAAAGAGAAGGUGCAAGGGAUUGGGAAUCCACCCGACAUUUCUCGUCAGUCUGCCGCAAAUAAGCAGAUCCGUGACCCAGCCAUGGAGCCCGAUACCUCUGCAUCUGGUUCAUCCGAAAGCAUGAAUCCGUCUGGUAACGGAUCUUCCGCUGCAUCGACAGCUGCUUCUGGCACUGAUAUCACUCAACCCCCAACGGACGUAACAUCAGCCCCACAUCCCUCAGAUGAAGCGGAACAUCUAUCAGAGGCCAUGGGCAACAUUCAAAUCAACCAAAAGCCCCCUGCCAAGUCGCAGCCAAAUGGCAAGGGCAAGGAAGCACAGGCACAUCCGUCUGAUCAACCGUAUUACUUUUAUCAGGCACUACCUCAGUUCUAUUUGUCUUCUCUUGACAUUCGCAUUCUCAAGGCAGCCUUUGGCGACUAUGCUCAUUUCCCUGCUACGAUCCUGCCCCGGGUAGAGCAUAUCUCCACUGGCCACAUGGUUGAUGACGACCUUCGCAAGCGUGUCAAAUACUUGGGCCACCUGCCUUAUGGAUGUGAGGUCAACUUCCUCGAAUGUGACUGGAGGGAUGUCGUUGUGCCGGAAGUCUUGAACCGUUUCCGCUCUGAGACCGAGAAGAGGCGCAAACGUAACCGGGAUAAAGAAGCUCGCGAAGAGAAAGAUCGCAUCCGCGCGGAGAAAAAGGAGGACGAGGAGCGCUGGGCUGCUGCACGUCGCAAACGACCAAGUUUCGGCAGUGCUAGCGAAGCGCCGUUCUCUACUCACGACUUCCAACCGCUGGCCAACAAUGCCGAGCUGUCCCAGUUUGACAGUGGCAUGUCUUCCGCCUCGCCCCCUCGUGCUGCUUCUCAAUUUGGCGCAUUAGCAUCCCCUUCCACCAGCCCACCAGGGGCUCGUACUGUCUGGGGAACGACUGCGAUUCCAUCGCUUUCUCCGACUUUGGAUGCCCAACGUACAGUUCCGAACGAUGGCUGGUUACAGGGCUGGGAGGACGAGCUACUGGCCCGACAAGAGUCCGAAAUCAUUGCACAAACUGCUCAUGAAAGCCUGGCUCCUGGACCCUCAGCCUCACAAAGUGCAAGUGGUGGUGGUGGUGGAGGAGGAGGAGGUGGUGGUGGCAAGAAGAAAAAGAAGAACAAGAUUACCUUGAUGUCGACCAACAGUCAUAGAGGAGCAUAG